AUGCUUCAACUCGGCACUAUCCUUCACUCCAAGGGCUUCUACAUCACAGUCGCUCACACCCAGUUCAACUUUCCCAACCCACUGAACUACCCUGAUUUCAACUUCUUAGAGAUGUAUGAAGGCUUACAUGAGAAAAAUGUCUCGUCCCACAAUUUUAUAGAUGUGAUAUCGGGUUUUAAUGCCAACUGCAAAGCCCCACUCCAGGAGUCAUUGGCUCGGAUGAUGGAGAAAGAGGAUCAACAUAGUAAGAUUGCAUGCAUCAUCUAUGAUGAAUACAUGUAUUUCUCAGAAGAGGCUGCUAAUCAUCUAGGGUUUCCUAGCAUUAUAUUGUCUACUAGCAGUGCAGCAAACAUACCAAGCAAUUCCUAG